ACAAUAUCACAAACGUCAAACUCAAAACUGUGAAACAAAACGAAGAGGCUUUCGCAAACGCCUUAGUUGUGCGCUAAUAAAAUAAUAAUUAUAAUUUAAGAUGUCGGAAAAUGAGCUCGAUAAUGCGUAAGAAGACACAAGUGUCGUUUGUGAUAAGGGACGAAGAGGAAAGGAGGCACAAAAAUGGUGUUAGUUCGCUUCAAUUGGACCCGAUUCAGGGCAGACUGUACUCAGCCGGUCGUGAUGGUAUUAUACGCGUCUGGCAUACUGGUACAGGCACACAAGACAGAUAUAUCCAAAGUAUGGAGCACCACACAGACUGGGUGAACGAUAUAGUGCUUUGUUGCGGCGGUAAAAAUCUUAUAAGCGCUUCGUCCGAUACGACUGUCAAAGUGUGGAAUGCACCGAAAGGUUUCUGUAUGUCGACAUUACGGACUCAUAAGGAUUACGUACGUACACUAGCGUAUGCAAAGGAUAAAGAACAGGUAGCGAGUGCCGGUCUCGACCGAGCUAUCUUUCUCUGGGACGUAAAUACUUUAACGGCGCUAACCGCCAGUAAUAAUACAGUAACUACAUCUAGUCUCGUCGGUAACAAGGAGUCCAUAUAUAGUCUUGCUAUGAACCCACCAGGAACAAUACUUGUAAGUGGCUCAACUGAGAAAGUAUUAAGAGUGUGGGAUCCUAGAAAUUGUUCUCGAUUAAUGAAGUUAAAAGGUCAUGCUGAUAAUGUUAAAGCUUUAGUUGUGAGUAGGGAUGGAUUGCAAUGUGUUUCGGGCAGUUCAGAUGGUACAAUAAAGUUGUGGUCUUUAUCACAGCAAAGGUGUGUUUCCACGAUAAGAGUGCAUUCAGAAGCCGUAUGGGCUCUGCUUGCUACAGAAACAUUUUCACACAUAAUUUCUGGUGGACGUGACAGAUUAGUUAUAAUAACAGAGUUAAAAAACCCUGAUAACUUUAUGAUUGUUUGUGAAGAGACUGCACCUAUUCUCAAAAUGUGUUUCACCGCAGACCAGCUGGGUGUUUGGGUGUCUACAUCAGACUCGGACAUAAGAUGUUGGAAACUACCACCACACAACUCCUUGUCAGAUAUGUACAACCAGAAUAGUUACAAUACAAAUAAUGUGUAUCAAACUCAACCAAUGUACCACAUACCUGGAGGUCGGGCUAUAAAACAUUAUACAGUAUUAAAUGACAAAAGACAUAUCUUAACAAAAGACACAGCCAAUCAUGUUAUGCUUUACGAUGUCUUGAAAGCUAGCAAACUUGAAGAUUUAGGUGAAAUAGACUAUGAUGAAGAGGUUAAAAAACGUUUCAAAAUGGUGUACGUUCCAAAUUGGUUCAAUGUUGACUUGAAGACUGGUAUGUUAACAAUACACUUAGGGCAAGAUGAGACAGACUGCUUGAGUGCUUGGGUUAGUGCGAAAGAGGCAGGAUUAACCAUAGAGAAUGACCAAAAGGUUAACUUUGGUGCGUUAUUGCUGCAAGCAUUGUUGGAACAUUGGAAUCAUCCGAACAGAGCCAAUGAGGGUGGUCAAAAGGUUAUGGGCAAUAGUUUCUUCAGUGUUCCAUUACAUACACCAUUAAUAUUUAGUGAAGUUGGUGGAAGGACACUCUACAGAUUACAGGUCGGUGAUGCAGGUGGAGAAACUGAAAGCAAUUUAUUAAUGGAAACAGUUCCGUCUUGGGUUGUGGAUGUUGCGGUGGAAAUGGCCGCUCCUAAACUCAAUAAAUUGCCAUUUUAUCUGUUAUCACAUUCAAGUUGUCAGAGCAAACAGGAUAGACAGAAAAAGGAUCGAUUGGUAGCAAAUGACUUCAUCCAAUGUAGGAAAGUGGCGGAACACGUGGUGGAGAAGAUUAUUGGGGGUGGUGAUGUGAACGGUGCCAGCAGUAGCAAGCCUACCAAUGAGGAUAGCGGUAAUGACCCACCAGAAGAACGAGUUGAACUACUCUGCUGUGAUCAGGUUCUCGAUCCAAAUAUGGACCUCAGGACAGUGCGCCAUUUCAUCUGGAAAUCUAAUGUUGAGUUCACAUUACAUUAUAGAGUGUUGAAACAAUGAAAGUCAACUUUAUACUAUCAGAGGGUCAACAGACAUAUAAAAAAGUGUUGCUCCUUCCAAACACUAUUCCAGUGAUAAACAGUGUUAAAAUAAAACAGUGGUCAUUUAAAAAUAUUAUAUGAAACAAGAUGCUUAUAAGUGUAUAAAAUUGUAUAACCUAGCCAGGAAAACAGAAAACCUCGCUUAUUUCGGAAAAUCUGCGAAUCUAAUUUCUUGUAGUUUCAAUAGCAAUAUUACAAAAAAAAGUUAAGAAGGUACCUAAUGGUAUAUAAUGCAAAAUAGUGUAAAGAAAAAAAUAUUUUAAAACAAUAUAUAAGAUUGUAAAUUAAAAUACUGGAUUCAAUUUUUAAAUUACGUUUAUUUUGACACUUGAUGUAGAGUGUUGCAAUUUGAAAUGCGAUUGAGGCCUCAAAACAGGUCUUAUAUUUUUCUUGUCACACUAUAAAUUGCGGACAUAAAAUUGUCUACGGCUUUCUUACGCCCU